AGCAGGGAAAACAUUUGUAUUCGUUGGAGUAGAAGGUGCAAGAAGAGCACUUGCUUUUGGUGCUAAAAGCAGAGGUGCUCAGGUUGUCAUAUUCAACCAGAAUUAUGAGAGAGCAAAGGUGCUUGCAGAUGCAGUUUCAAGGGAAGCUCUACCAUAUGAAUGCUUAAAAAGACUCUGCCCUCAGGAGGGAAUGAUCCUUGCAAAUGCUUCUGCUGUUCAAGUUUGGUAAUUACUACGAAAUUCCUGGAAACACGGGUUGUAUUGCCAGAACAUGCGCUGCAUCAGCUGUUGGACUACACCUAGUUGGGCCAUUAGGAUUUCAGGUGGAUGAUGCGAAGCUAAAGCGUGCAGGGUUGGAUUAUUGGCCAUAUGUGGUUGUUAAAGUUCAUGACUCAUGGAUGGAGUUUCAAGACUAUUUCAGGCAACAGGAUGGGGAAAAGCUGUUGCUUGCGUUCACCAAAAGAGGAACAACAAUUCAUUCGGACUUUUCAUACAGAAGAGGUGAUUAUCUCAUAUUUGGCUCAGAAACUAGUGGCCUACCUCCUGAAGCUCUGCUGGACUGCAAAAGUGAAACCUUUGGUUGGGGUACUAUUCAGAUUCCAAUUGUUGAAACCUACGUUGGAUGUCUAAAUCUCUCUGUAAGUGUUGGCAGCUAUGAAUAACUUCAAAUCCCAUCCGAAAAUUGUAUGGAUACAGAACAAUCUCAAUCAUUUAUUACUGAGGAUAUAUUUGCUUAAUUCAAUGGUAGCAGGUUUCAUAGUUUAUUGGAACCUUGAACUUCAUCCAAUGGAGAUCGCAUUUUUGGAAGAAGUAUAGACUAUAGACUGCAGUGUUCAUUCAUUCAUAGACAGGACAAGAUUAUUAUAGGACUAUUUGAUCCUUCUGAGUUUUAUUGAGAUUGUAUGACAUUUAAAAUCCUGAAAGAUAUCUUGCAGAAUAAGAGUCUUUU